AUGGACUUUAAAAUACCUAUAAAUAAUGUAUUGGCUGAAGAUAAUUGGAUGUUUAAAAGUAAAUCAUGGGAUACAGAAGAUAAAUACACUUAUUCAAUUCCAAGAAAAUAUUCCUCUAAACCAUUAAUUGAUGUUAAAAGAUUACAUUCUAUAAAUAGAUUAAAUGAUAAAAUUAAAAGACAUGCCUCACUUAAACAAGAAAUAUCCACAAUUUCAAGUACAAUUUUUUUUGGAAAUGAAGAAAAUAAUAAAAAUGAUAUAUCUUUAUCAAGUGAUAUUAUUAAUUAUAAAAAUAAUAGUCCAACAAAAGAUGAUAAUGUUAUAUUUUCAAGGUAUAACGAAAAUGAUGGUAAAAAUUUUUACCAUGAUAAUGGUGUGAAUUUAGAAUUAACACAUUCUAGUUCCUCAAUGUCUGAUGAAUCAUUAAAUGAGAUAUACUUACAAAGACAUUAUCCUAUUCAAAAAAAUUAUUUAAAUAAUGUUGAUUAUAAAAAAAAGAAUAUUAUCAGGAGGCAUAAAACAUUAGAUAAUGUAUCAUCUCAGGCAACUAAUAAUUAUAAUAAUAUUGUCAAGCCUACUUAUAAAAAAGCUCGCCGAAGCCAGUCAUAUCAUUAUCCACCACAAUAUCAAACUUUGACAAUCAACACUAAUUAUAUGGAGUCAGGUAAACAACACUCAAAGAAUACUCAACCAAAAAUGUUAAGAAGAGAUACAAUAUAUUAUGAUAUGUGUGAUAUUUGUUCAAAAACUCAUAAAUCUAAUGAAAAAUGUUUGGGGUAUUCAAUUACUUCACCAUUAAAUGAAGAAAUAUUAAAUAAACCAUAUUUAUCAAAAGAUGAUGAUGAGAAAACAUUUUCAAAUUACAAUACUACUCAUUAUUUGUCAUACAAUCCAUAUAUAAAAUCUUUUAGGUCAAGGAGUCCCCAAAUUCUUAAACCAGAUACUUUAAAUUAUACAUUUAAUAUUAAUAAUAGUGAAGCACAAAAUUCUAUAAAAAUUUUAGAAAAUGAUAAUAUUUCUAGAAAUUUAUCAAAAACUAAUAAUACUAAUGAUCAAAUUUUUUAUUCAAAUGAAAAUGAUAUAAUAAAUAAUAUGAUGUCUCAAUGUAUUAAUCAUAAAGAAAGUACAAUAAUAAGACCAGCAAAUGCUGGUCCAGCAUGGAAAUUAAAUGAUAAUACUAAACUUUACCGUCAUCCAAGUCCUAUCUUUCGUUAUGGUAAAGCUCCAUUACCAAAAUCAUUGUAUGAUUAUGAUUUUUAUGCUAAUGAAAUGAAAAAAAAGGCAGCAGAAAAAAAAGCAAGAACAAUUAUUGCAAUUGUUGUUUGUUUGAUAGCCUUUAUUAUUAUUGUUUGUGCUGGGAUUAUCUUAGCAACUACAUAUCAAUAG